AUGGGAAAAGAAAGGAUGGGAAUGGAAGGAGAAGAAAAGAGUAAGAUAAUGAUAAUUGGGGCAACUGGUUAUCUUGGAAAUUACAUGGUGAGGGCUAGCCUUUCCAUGGGCCAUCCUACCUUUGCCUACGUCCGCCCACUUCCUCCACCGCCUUCACCACCACCACCACCACCACCACCACCAUCAAGUCAUUCCUCUCAUGCUCUACCUAAUUCCAAUAAUAAGCUCCUCCUCCUUCAGGAAUUUCGGUCCAUGGGAGUCACCAUUAUUUACGGGGAAUUGGAGGAACAUGCGAAGCUGGUUUCGGCACUUAGACUCGUAGAUGUGGUGGUAUCAACGCUUCCAGUCCCUCUCCACCUUCAACAACUCAACAUCAUCACUGCCAUUAAAGAGGCUGGCACGAUAAAGAGAUUUGUACCGUCAGAAUUUGGAAAUGAAGUGGACAGAGUUAGAGGGUUGCCGGCGUUCCAGGAGCUGUUGGAUAAUAAGAAGAAGAUAAGAAGGGCAACAGAGGAGGCAGAAAUCCCGUACACUUAUGUCUCUGCCAACUCCUUUGCUGCCUAUUUUGUUGAUUAUUUGCUCCAUCCUCGUCAAACUUCUCACCAUCUCACCGUCUAUGGCUCUGGCCAAGCUAAGGGUGUGGUUUCGUGA